CUCCCGAGUUCUUGGUCUUCCCCCAGGACCAACCUGUUGGCAGAAACCACUCUCCCUGUCUGCUGCAGCGCCCUCUGCCUGGGGCGGUGGUAGAGUGGAGUGCUAAGGCCACCAGCCUUGAAGUCAGACUACCUUGGAUUUAGAUUCUGGCUGUACAGUUUAGCAGCUGUGUGAUCUGGGCAGAUUACUUUAUCUCUCUGUUUCGGUGUUCUUAUCUGUAAAAUGGGGACGGCAGUACCCACCUCACUGGUAUUAAGUGACACGUCCAAGUCAAGAGCAACGCCUGCUGAUUACCAGUCAUAAAGAUGGUGAUGGUCAGCAGGAACCUGUGACAUCACUUGCCCCUUGCUGCCCUUGCUCAAGGGAAGUGUCCUUUUUUAAAAACCUAGUGUUUCCUCAUCCACACACACCCUCCCCCUGUAGCUGCCUCCUCAUCCUCCUCCUUUUCCCUCUCUCUCUUUCUUUUUCUGUAUUUUAGUCUUUCAAACAGAGGUUAGAGACCUUGACACUAGACUUGUUUAGAAGACCUCCUGGGUGGAAAAUAAUAAAUUCUCUGAGGAUGGUAUUGAUAAGGUCUCUGGAGUACCCGUGAUAGGCAAGGUUAAGGUCAGGAGCAGUGACUUUUCUGCGGAAGUUUAGUUUACUAGGUGUCCUUUAGGGUUAGGGCCUCCUUCACACCCAUUGCCCGUGUAAGGGAGACCAGUGCAUUCAGAGGGAAAGGGAGAUGAUUGUAAAACUCACUAUGGGCUAAGUGCUCUUAUAUGCUUGACAGAAAAAAUUCAUUCAUUGACAAGCCUGAUCUCCUUUGGGGAGUGGGGAGGGAGCCCUCUAAGAAAGGGUGAGGCGUACCUGUCUCCUUCAGGUGCUCCCCAUGCUUCAGGUGGUGGUACCACCGGGAAAGCUGAAAGGCCCAGGGUGUGUCUGGGUAAGAAGAGGCAGCCUGGGAUCCACCAGGGAGUGAUCAGCUGGCCCCACAGAGUGGGGAGGGCCUUGAGCUGGUCUUUGAAGAGUUAGGAGGAUUUAGAUAAGCCGGAAGGGGAGGGGGCAUUCCACACGGUUGCCCAGCAUCAGCACCGGCCAAAAGUGAACAAAGGCCUGGGGCGGGGAGCCGCAGCGAGGCUUGCUGGAGCAGGGCAGCUGGCUAGAGGGUGCGGGUAUGGGCGCCUGGGCCCGCUUGGGAGCCCUGGAGAACCCCGUGGGAGGAGGGCUUGUGAACUUGGGAGGACUGUGAAGAUCCUCAGGGGUCGGCAUGGACCGAGAGGAGGGCACCUGGAGGCGGGGAGACCAGUGGAGGAGCUCCAGCCACAGAGCUGUGAGAUGCUGAGGGCUUGGCCCUGCUGCAGGAGUAGCAGGGGAAAGCAGAGGAGAUGAGGAAGGCUUUGAAGAUGGCCUCUAGGUCUCCAGGCUGAAUGACCAGAAAAUAAAGCAAAUGGAAGAUUGGGAGGGGACAGCCGUUUAGAGGCAGGAGCAAGGGGGAGGACUUGGGUUUGGGCCAUGUCGAUAGCAGUGGUUCAAAAUGCUUUUUUCUGUUUGUUUCUUUUUUGUUUACUUUUGAAGGGAGAGCAGUAUUCGUUCAUGGUUUUGUAUCCAAAGGUUCAGUGGUUCUUUGGGGUGAACUUUAAUGGUGGGUCCUCAGGAGCAGAGAGACUACCACACUGAGGACUCUUUCUGGUUAUUUUUAAGGUUUCAGCCAUCCCUGUUCAGGCUGGAAUUUCCAGGAACUGGCUGCUGCCCAGAGCCAGUUGGCCCGUCCCAGCUCCCACUCCCUGCAGGGUGGGGCCCCAAGGGUGGAGGCCCCUCAGGGUGGAGUCCGGGUGGGUCUGCAGCGAUAGGGAGGCACCAGGCAGAGGCAGAUGAGGGCGGGGUGGCCUCACGCAGCCCUCUGGCUUUGAUUAUAUAACGCCUCACAGAAGAGAAUUGUGAGGGCUUAGGCAAGGCCUGGUGAGAUACAUACACAGCAGGAUUAGACAUGGGUAUUUUUCAAUUUAUCUUAGGUUGCUUGCCCAUAAAACUAAGACACAAAAUUGUCAGAGAGCACAAAGAAGGAGAACAAGGCGUAACCCUAGUAGGGGAAAUGAUUCGAGUUUGUUAAAAUUGCUUUGAGAAGGGUGUGGGAUACCGCCAACCAGGUGGCCUUGAGCUUGAGAGCUGAAAGAGUGGGUUUUGCCAGCCCCCAUCCCGGCUUGCUGGGCCUCAGUGUCAGUGUGGAAACAUGUAGGGAUUUUGCUUCGUUGUUACCUUUGCACCUGUCCUUAUUUACAUGCAAAAUCAAUUGCUUCACUUGGUCUUUCCGAAGUACAGGGUGUGGGCAGAGUCUUAUCUGAAGCCAUGUCCUGUUUGGACAAGUUGGGCUCGCCUUGGCAACUCUCCAUAGGGUGGAGCAGAUGGGUGGAGGCAGGAAAGUAAAAUUGGGUGGCUUGUUAGCCGAGAGAGGAGAGAGGGUGGAUUGUUUGCUCACUGGAUCAUUAUAUUUCAUCUGAAACGAAAUAAUUAACUUCUUUCCCACUUACAAUACAUGUUCAUGCAAAAUAACUCAUGAGGGGCAAAGAUUUAGAGAUACUCUGAGUUUAUUUCCUUUCAAAGCAGCGAUAGAAGACAGAGGCAGGUGAAAAUCGUGGAGUGGUAUGAAAAGGACACACUUCCAGGCCCAACACCAGAGCACCCUAGAAGGUUUAACUAAAAGAAUGCUCAUGUUUGACCCAGUCCCUGUCAAGCAAGAGGCCAUGGACCCUGUCUCCGUGUCCUACCCAUCUAAUUACAUGGAAUCAAUGAAGCCCAACAAGUACGGGGUCAUUUACUCUACACCGUUACCCGAUAAGUUCUUUCAGACCCCGGAAGGCCUGCCCGGAAUCCAGAUGGAGCCGGUGGACCUCACAGUGAACAAGCGGAGUUCCCCACCCGCGGCCGGUGACUCUCCGUCCUCACUGAAGUUCCCGUCCUCACACCGGAGAGCCUCGCCCGGCCUGAGCGUGCCUUCUGCCAGCCCGCCGAUGAGAAAGUACUCGCCCCCUUCUCCGGGCGUGCAGCCCUUCGGCGUGCCGCUGUCCAUGCCGCCCGUGAUGGCGGCCGCCCUCUCCCGGCAUGGGAUCCGGAGCCCGGGCAUCCUGCCCGUCAUCCAGCCCGUGGUGGUGCAGCCCGUCCCCUUCAUGUACACGAGCCACCUCCAGCAGCCUCUCAUGGUCUCCUUGUCAGAGGAGAUGGAAAACUCAAACAGUAGCAUGCAAGUACCUGUAAUUGAAUCCUAUGAGAAGCCUAUAUUACAGAAAAAAAUUAAAAUAGAACCUGGGAUCGAACCACAGAGGACAGAUUAUUAUCCUGAAGAAAUGUCACCCCCUUUAAUGAACUCAGUGUCACCCCCGCAAGCAUUGUUGCAAGAGAAUCAUCCUUCAGUCAUAGUGCAGCCUGGGAAGAGACCUUUGCCUGUGGAGUCCCCGGAUACCCAGAGGAAGCGGAGGAUACACAGAUGUGACUAUGACGGAUGCAACAAAGUGUACACUAAAAGCUCCCACUUGAAAGCACACCGAAGAACACACACAGGAGAAAAGCCCUAUAAGUGUACGUGGGAAGGAUGCACAUGGAAGUUUGCUCGGUCUGAUGAGCUAACAAGACAUUUCCGAAAACAUACUGGAAUCAAACCUUUCCAGUGUCCAGACUGUGACCGCAGCUUCUCCCGUUCUGACCACCUUGCCCUACAUAGGAAGCGCCACAUGCUAGUCUGAACGCCUCCACCUCCAGCCUCAACACGACUCCCCACUCACCUGGCUCUCUGUCCUCCCUCCCAUUGUCUAACACAUUUUUUACAUGUACGUUUUAAUUUUGAUUCAGCUGGCCUGAAUCUCUGAAUUUAUAUCAUUCAAAACUUCCAUAUGGUCAGUAGUGGAUAUUCUCUAAUCCUCCCUCUCCUUACCACGGGUCAGACCUAAAGAAUGUGAACACUUUUUUUUUUCGGGGAUGCUAAGCAAACCCUUCUUAUAGAUACGUUUAAUGUAACGAGAACAAGGGAACAUGUAAAUUAACACAACCAGUUGUCGGUUUCUCCAUGUAUUCCUCAAAAGAAUGUCAGAGUAAAUGUAUUAGAAAUACAGUAUCCAGCCUGCUAGUCCUUGCCAGAGACAUUCAUACCUCUGUGCCCUGUGAUCACAUUUUAUUCUUGACAGCAGAAAGAAAGGUGGUCUCUCUCUUUCACCGGUUAGCUAGAAGUACAGCAAGAUUUCAAGCUAGUACAGUCAAUUUUUCCAUCGUCCUUCACAAAUCUUGCUUGUCAACCUGGAUUUAUCACUUCAUCUGAAUCAAGUUCUUUGCUAUCACUGGAGAUGAGCCAGAGCUUUUGGUGUAGGUGGGUGAUGUGUCCCAGUUCAAGGGAUGGAGCCUGUGCUUUCAUAGCCUGGUGUAGGAGCAGGGGCCAUUGAGCUGGGGAGCCAGGGAGGCAAAGGAGGAAGCCGGCCUAUCCUCCUGGGCUGGGUUGGUGAGAUUUCAGCAUUUGGUUAGCGGUGCCAUGCACUCCCAGAGCUUCAGUCUCGGGGGCUGUGCAGGACCGUGCAUAAAGCCAAUACUGACGGGGUCAUCCUUGCCACGAUCUCCACUCCUACAACGUCCUUAAUAGGAGAAUAUCAAGCAUGGAUGGAAGGGACUCCACAAAAAUAUUUGCCUAGUAACAGUAAAAAAUCUUUUGGGUAAGAGUAUGAAUGGUCUUUCUUUUACCUAAACCUGCAUACAGCUUUUUUGUAAACAGGAAGUGUUGAGUGGUGCUUGUGUUCCCCUAUCAAGUGAAUCCAUAGCCGUACACAGAAGCUCUUCCGUGUGAGCUGUGAGGCGCCACAUGGGCUGUCAUUUGUGUUCCUGACACAGAUCAUAAAGAAGCAUCUGCUAAUGCUUUGGUAGAUUCAUUGAAUUAAGCCCAGAGUGACACUAUUUACAAAUAAGAUGAGUUGUGAAGCACACAUACCUUUAUUUUGGGGAUUUCUGAAAAAUUCAGAAAGCCACAGAUCAGGGAUUCACAUUUAUAGCUCAAAAAUUCCCCAAAGUUUACUGUUAGAGCUGGCAAUUACCUAUCACUGUCAAGUAUCAGAACAAACUGAAAAUAAUGACUCAUGUUGAAGAUAAAUAGCACCAUUAUUGUAGCAAGUUUUCAAAAGCAGGCUUUUGAGCACCAUAGUCGAUGCCAAUAAAAAUGGUUCGUGCAUAGAAAUGUCAUUGGUCCUGAAUUUGAAGAAAGUGAGCAACGGUGGUUAAACGUAGGUACGUAUAACCACGUGCCCCUUCUUCAUCCCUCAGUGAAUCGAGAAGAGAGAAGAAUGGAAUCCUGAACAUUCAUCCCAGCCACAACUCAGGAUCCAACACAACCUUAACUGGGAGGAACACAUUGUUUAAGCAUUUUUAAAUGAUCAGUGAACGGGUGGUCCUAGAGGCCUGUGAAUUUUGUGGGGAGCUGUGAUGGCGCUACAUCAAUUAAAAUUGUAGGGACUGUACCUGGAGGGUCCCACUCAGCCCUGUGAACCAACUGAAAGGAAAUGUAGUUGAGAAAUUUGUUAUCUUGGCACUUGGUUUUGAUUUUUUUUUUUUUAGCACUGCAAAAUUUAUUUAGAACAUUAAAACAUCCUAAUUGGGCUUUUUUUUUUCUUUUUUGCAACUAAAACAUGAAUUGAGGGGUAAAAAUGGCUCUUUGAAAAGUAGAUAUUGUCUGUAUUAUAAAUGCUUAAUCACAUUCAUGCCAAAGUGUUCAUUUCUUGAAAUGGUUCUUCCACAACACACAGAAUCAAGAUGGAAUGCAAGGAACUUUUUUGUUAUGUGGAAAUAACUAGUUUAUGUGUGUUCCCACCCAUAUAGGGGGGAAAGGGGAUGAGAAAGGAUAGAAUUGAUCUUUGAAUCAGCUUUGAGUCUGAGUGUAGUUAAUAGAAAGCUUUAAGAGUUCUCAUGAAAUUUGAUACAUUUGCUAUGGCAUAUUUACAUGUUCAAAUGAUCAAGCAAGACCCUGCAAAGACUCUUACACAUUGCUAAGACUCUUGCUUAGAUUAUAUUAACAACUUGUUAACAAAGAUCCAUUUCAACUCUGGAAAAACAGCCCAUAGAGGCCAUUCUCUGUUCCCAUGCUGGUCAAUGUACUUUUUUAUUACCAGUUGGCCAUUACCAAAUUCUUAUAUAUAUAUUUGUAUUUUACUAUGAUAGUUGGGGGAAAUUUAGUCUCUUAGUCAUUUUUAGCUGUUACUGUGGAAGAUCUCAAAUAUGAGAUAAAAUGCCCUUGUGUGGUUUUAAUGAUGCGCCAUGUUGCCAUCAAUGGCGAUUUUAAUUGCAGUAUUUUACAUUGAUGAAAAUGAAAUGUAAACAUGAAGUUGGUGUCAUGUAAAUUUUGUUUGUUAUAGAGUUUCUUCAGUUAGUACCCCAAAUGUCAUCUUGGAGAAGUCAGAAUUAAAUCCGAAUCCAUCAUAUUUUAGAGUUUUAACAUGUGAAUCUACAUUAUAAAAUGGGCAUUAACAUUCUAAAUCAUUUGGUUUGGAGAAUGUGUUAGCAGCAUAGCUGUGUUCAACUAAGGAGAUGCUAAAUACACAAGUUUCAAGAGCCUUGGAGCAGAAUUACAGGGGAACUGUAUAUGUAUAUUUUGUUAAAUACCCAUCUGCACUAUCAGUAUUGCACUAAUGUGGAAUUUGAAAGAUUAUAUUGCUGAUACUAUAUAUCUGCACAUCAUUCCUGAUAAAUUCUUUUAAAGACAAUCUUAAAGAUCUAAAGUUUUAAAAUAAUUUGGUUUGAAAAUACAUAGUUGUCUUGAAGGAAUUGCUGUCAUACAUGAAGUUGCUCAGAGUUGUCUUUAUUCUCUUGGUCAAGGUUAAUUUCUAAGUGAUUGCAAAUUCACCUGAAUAAUACAUUUACAAAGCCAUUUUACGUGCAUUAAACGAGGGCUACAAUAUCGUUUUACAAAUACUAGCACUUUUUUUUCUGUUGUGUACUUAGUGUUAGGGGGUCAAAAUAAUCUUUCUGCUUAGCAUCUCUUAAACCAUACCUGCAAGUAUAGCAGGAUUAUUACAUUUACAGUACUUUAAUACUUGUAUAAACUAUGCAGAAAUUUUUAAUAAAGUGUAAUAUAUUUUAUAAGCUAAUAAGACUGAAUGGGUAAAGGUUUUUAGCAUGCAUUAGUAUACUUGCAAAUACUGAGACAUUUUGGUAAUCUUUCUUACUAAAGAUGUGAAUGUUUAAUGUACCUUCUGUUUCUACUCUGUAGUCCAAUGGGAAUUCAGUAAUGACAUUUUGUCAUGUCAAACUGUGAACAUAAAUUUGUACUGUACAGUCCUCAUAUACUAUAUACAGUAUGCAAUAUAUGUAUUAUAUACUUGUUAAUAAAACCAUCAGAAUAUU